AUGGCUCUCGCCCAACAUGAGGACUCCUCAUUACGUCAAGUCCUGGGUAUUGUUGGCGCUGAUAGUUUGACAAACGAGGAAGAAGAAUCGUAUCCCGAUGGCGGAAGAGAUGCCUGGAUGGUGGUUCUAGGCUCUUUUUUAGGCUUGACCUUUGAUUUCGGUUUGAUCAAUAGUUUGGGAACCAUCCAAACGUACAUCUCCACUCACCAGUUGGUAGACGUUCCCCCAUCCACUGUCUCCUGGAUCUUUUCCAUUCUUUUGACAACCAACUUUGGCUUCUGCUUGAUCGGAGGGACUCUCUUUGACCACUACGGGUCUCGUUUACCAAUGACGGUUGGAAUGUUUUUAUCCACCGCUGGUUUGCUUGGCACUGCUAGCUCGCAAACAGUAUACCAGUUUAUUCUCUCGUUUGGUGUAUGCACUGGCUUGGGGUUGGCCUUCCUCCAAACCCCGCUCUUUUGUCUCGUAUCACACUGGUUCAGCCAAAAGCGAGCCAUGGCCGCUGGCUUGGCCACCCUUGGCGUCUCGGUAGGAGGCGUAGUCCUCCCCUUGUUGCUUUCAUCCUUAUACACCUCUGUUGGGUUCUCAUGGGCCAUUCGGGUUUUGGCGUUGCUCUGCUUUGUGUCUUCUGGGAUCUCCAUCUGGUUGACAAAAGAGCGCUUUCGCAUGGUGAGAGCCAGUACUGGCCCUAUGGACGUCAGUCAGACACAGCACCAGAACUUGCUUGCGCGGAUAAAAUCCCAGAUCAACAACCUUGUGGAUCUCAAGGCGUUUAAAAAUCCGCGCUUUACGCUAUGCGCGCUUGGGAUGGCUGGAGCCGAAGUCUACCUCAUUACCGCGAUGACUUACUUCUCUUCCUACGCCGUGGCGCAGGGAGUAGAAGAGAGGACUGCGUAUCUUUUGAUCACAGUCAUCAAUGCAUCAGGUAUUAUUGGAAGGUUCCUUCCGGGAGUUAUGGUGAGUAAGUUUGGAUGUUUCAACGUUAUCACAGGCAUGCUUUUACUCGUGACAUUGAGUAUCUUUACCCUUUGGCUUCCCUUGGGAAACCAACUACCGAUUUUGUAUGCGUUUGCCGCUCUAUUGGGCGUCACUUCCGCUAGCAUCCUUUGUCUUGCACCAGUGUGCCUAGCCCAGGUGACCCCGAUCAAGAGCUACGGCCGGUGCUACGCCAUGGUGUUUUUGAUGGUGGCUGUUGGAAACCUUGUGUUCAUUCCAGUCUCCGGUAUCCUUAUUGGCAACGAGUCGAGAAGAAAUUACAACCACUUUGUUUUGUUCUGUGGCUUACUCAGUGUGCUCGUGACGAUAUGCUUUUGCGGGGCUAGAUACUCCUUGACUGGGAAAGCCGUAGCCGUUAGGGUUUGA